AUGAGUGGCUCUUCCAAAUCAGACUUCAAAUGGGUUCCCACGCAAAAGCUAGUCCAUGGGAGAAUCGUCACCAAGUUUCUGCCUCUCAUGAGACAUCCAAGACUGGGACUGGAAAACCCAAAUUACUCGAACUUGUAUCCCGGUGAUGAGGUCUAUGUUUUCGAGGAGACCACGGACGGCCGUUGGCUUAGAGGGUAUACCUGUUGGCAACCAUUGCCCGAAGAUUUUAUCAGCAGGCUGAGCUCGUUCAGCAAGGAACUGCCCGAGCAGAAGUUCAAAGUCGUGGUGUUCCCCCGGAAGUUCGUGCAUCUGAAUCCUAAGGAAGAAGUGACAGAUCUGCCCUUCCUGGCUGCACCUGAAGCUUCGCAAUUCGUCUCGUCCUCUACCAACACCUCGCUGUCCACAAUGUUCGAACUGACAGGCGACUGGUCCAAAGAUGACAUCAUGGAGCUGGGUGGCUCUGCCGUGACAAAGACCAGCCGUCCACCAUUUCCCUACUUCCGUCUACAGGACUACAACGUCGUCCAGGAGCUCACUCCGAUGUUAUCGCAGCUCGUAACACACGUCUAUUCUAUGUAUUCCUUUGGGGAGUUCGAAGUCGCAGAGAACAUGACAGACUUGUACUACAAACUCGACGAUAUUCGUCUGAGACUUUCGCAUAAGCUUACCACGAAAAUCGAACACGAACAGCUCAUCAAAGACUUGUGCUCGAUGUCUUAUAAGAUCGCCAAAUUGAUCUCGUCUAAAGAUCUGACACAGGCAAACACGCAUGCGGAUACGUCAAGCGUCGUGCACGCUUCGGGUUACGGUAGCAUAUUGUGUCGGGAGAUGUAUUCCGGAAAACUUUACAACUAUAAUGAGGUAAGCCCUCAGGUGCUAGCAACCAUGUCCAUGCUUUGCGGCCUCAGCAAUAACUUUCCAAGUGCCAAUACAUAUCAACUGAAGCUGCUUCCGCUGCAAAAUAAGAAUUUCGAGUCUGUCGACUCGACAAGCAUCUUGGUCGACUUCAAAGACGCCCUAAGCGACCCCACCGUGAAUCCCAACUUCCAGAAUCUCUCGGCAAUUAUGUAUCUGAGGGCAGGGAAAACGACGCUCUCAGAACCAUUCAUCCUUAACAUGGAACGCGAUGACGUGGUAUCUGUGGACAACAUAUCAGCUGCUCUAUUCAACAAUAUACCGCCAAGCGAGAUCGAUAAUAAUAAGGUCUAUCUUGUAGUGGUGCUGACAGAAACUGUCAAGAUACAGCUUUUGUCACCAGAAUCGGGGAAAGGAUUUAAAAAACCAUUUGUGCCUUUCCUCACUGGUGGUGAAAAUAAGCUAUCUUACCUCAAAAAGGGGCUAGCUGCAGGUGUUAUAGACAUUUCAAGGCUUAUAACCCGCAAGAAAAAGCACAAACUGCCCGGAUGCUCACAUCAGUUUAAUGUUGAGCUAUUCGGCUCUUACCUACCCAGCAAACGGAAGGAUAGCUUUUCUCAGCAAUCCAUGGUCAGUGUUGGUAGUGCCCCUAGUGCCGCAGCCUUGACUAGGGCUGCAGCUAAAAUGGAAGAAAACAACGGUUGGGGUGAGCUGGUGGACAGAAUUAUCGCUGAUGCCAAUAAAGGUAUUGCAGUGAACCCAAGAAUUCUGUCAUUGUCGGUUACGGUUAGGGAAAUUACUGGUGACUUCGGAAUUUCCAGUGUUUUGAAAAACAACAUGUCCGCCAUCCAAAGUAUUCCUACAUGUUCAUACGACACAUUGUCUAAGCCAGAUGACAGAAUCUACCUGACUCUUGGAAAAACGUCACUCUGUGGAGUAAAGGCAUUUGAAACCAACAUAUCAAGCGUCUCAAUUCAGAUAUCAUCUAGCAAUCCCUUGGUUACCUUCAGGCACGGUGUGAAUGAUACGCCUCGAAGAAACUGGAUGUUCGUGUCGGUAAAGCCUGAAGAAGUGAUAGGUGAGUCGAUUAGAAUAGACGGAUUAAAGGAUAUGCAGAACGAUGAAACGCUCAGAAUAUCUGCUUACAUCAAUGGAUUUCUCAUGGCCAAGUCAAAGUUUUACAUCAAAAGGAAUGACAAGAUCAUUGAAUACCCUAAGAAAUCCGUGUUUCAGUUGAUGUCUACUACCAGCGAGCCGCUUGUGGAUCUGGAAAUUACGACAGCUUACGUCGGUAAAAGUUACAACGUUGAGUCGUCUGUUCGCAGUUUUCUUCAAUUUUCUUAUGACUUUAAGAGAUCCUACUUUGAUUUCGAAAAAGAGUGUCUUCAAUUGUUGGCAGAUGUGAAAGCGACACCUGUGAAAGAGCUCAUCAAAACAUUUGAUGGGCUACUAACAAAGUUUUUAGACGUGUUUUACGUUGCAAAUGUUCUCGAAGGACAAAGAUCUUCUGAUGAAUUCAAAAAGGCCUCAUUCACUUCUUUGAUUUUCUUUUUAGACAUGGUUGUUGCUCGUCAAGAUAAUUAUAGACACUUGUUCAAUGAUUUUCUGGAAACUUAUUCAGCGAGGAGGUCAGAACUACCGGAAGUCGGGUCAAAUCUGAUCCAUUUUGCAUCCAAGUUUUUUGCUAGCUCCCACGAAGUUUGGGAUUAUGACGGGAGAGCAUUGUGUCGGGUUUCAGUUUAUCUCUUUAAGCUGUCGGUACUUCUAUCAAGUCCUCAUGACAAGGGCUUACAAAAGUCACUAAUCGACUUCUUUGAGGGUGUAUCAACCUUUUUCCGACUAAGAAAGGAAUCUUCAUUAGUGGACCAAGUUCUGAUCCUGGAAGCUUUUGAUGCUUGGAUCUUGGUUUUAUCCACUCACUGCGAUCCUCGAAUUCUUGUCAAUGCAGCCACGGGCUUAUUCCAGGCUUGCCACGACAAAGAACGCACAAACGGUAUCUACCGGAGACCUUUGUCAGUAAAAGAACAGAAGUUCGUAGCGUCGAAGUUCCUAGUCAUGCGGCGCUUGAUUGGCGUAGAUGCUGUCCGAAAUGUUUUGCUGACACCCGAUAAUUUAGGGUCCCAUGAACAAGAAUUCAUAGCGAAACUGAUCGAAUGGUCUUUCGAGCCAUUCCUCAAUUACAAUGGCGGUCACCUACACUUAACCACAAUAAGACUCGCCGACGGUGUUUUGAUCAGUGUUAUCAAGCACGCAUCAAAAGUAAUCAUGCGCAAUCUUGUCAGGCUGAUUCCGACUUUGUGCAGAUUUUUCAUUUUAGUGAGAAAGUACUGUAAGGAAAAAGACCGCUUCAAGUUCAGAAGGACGUUUACCAAAUUGUUCCCCACCACAUAUCCAUUCGACGAAAUUACUGUCGAUUCUAUUGUUCAAGAAGAUCUUGUGGUUGAGGUCCUAGUCGAGCUUGCAACUCUAAUUGCGUCGAUAACGCAAAAAGUCGAGAAGAACUUUCAAAACUGUUUUUCCUUUCUAAAGAUCACUGAAAUGUGCUCUGAUGAUACGGCAUUCAAUUCAGUUUUUUAUGUCACACAAUUUGCAAGAGAGGAUCUUCUCACAAUAGUCCACACUGUUAGACUUUUCAUGAAAGGUAGAUUUUUCCCCAGCAAGAAAUGGCUUUCGUUGAGCGAGCUUUUCAACAGAAGUGGUGUUUCAUUAUUCAGACUCUGUGAGGAUAUUUUGAUUUAUAAUCAAACUCCUAACAUGAGCUCAGAUGAGACAUUGGAUGUCAAGAUUUGGAGCGAAUGGGUGAAAGUGUUGAUCUCCUUGGGUAAUCAUAUUCCCUCUAACCCAACUCUGCUGGCUGAGAUUCCCAGAAAAGCGUUGUAUCUAAUUGGUGGCGACUACAGAGGCGGGGUCGCGCACAUGUUAGAGCACUGCUGGGACGCGCUAGGCCAAGAUACAUCGAAUACCGAGAUAUGGGAAAAAUAUGGUAUCACAAGAGCUAAUGGGCUCCAAAACUAUUUGGUGCGGGCGGAUAAAACAUUUGUGAGAGAGAUCAUGGAAUUCACGUUCCAAAGGCACACAGAGGCGAGAAGAGUAGGAGCAAAAGUUAUAUGGGGGACAUCGGCCAAUUGUUGGUUUGCUUACGGGAAUUUGGAACCGGUUAUGAUGCAAACGACUUCAGAGCUGUGCGCUGCGCAUCAAUCUGGCAAAUUUGUUCCAACGCUGCACGAAGCUGAAAAUUAUGUUAAAGCGCUGCUUUUCACCAUUCGACUUGCUAAAGACGACGCCAUGUUUUCUUCCAUUCUGAAAGUCAUGAAGCUGGCUCGCGACUUGCUUACUGUCUUGAUCGAGUUCAGUGAGAUUCCAGAUCAUAAAGAAUUUGACGAUGAUAGGACCGCUCAUCAGAUCACGAUUUUUGGGUAUCUUUUGGAGGUUAAAAAACCAGAGGAGCUUCACAGGCUUGUCAACGAUCUUUACAUUUACAACAUCAAAAAGAAGGACAACGUACAAGCUGCGCUCAGUUUGGAAUUACUAGCAAGGACCUAUAAAUGGGACCCUAAUGACUCUCUUGCAUCUGUUGCAUUCCCAGCAUUACCCGAGCAGUCUUCAUUUCAGAGAAGAGAGUUCCUGUACAAAGAGGUGGCGAAGCAUUUCCACAAAGGUUUGAAACUUGAAAAGGCACUGUCUAUUUACAAAGAAUUAGCACAGGCGUACGAGAAAAUCAACUAUGACCUAAGCGGUUUGUCGCAAGUCCAUGGGAAUAUCUCAAAACUUUAUGAAGAUUUACAAGUUGUAGACAGACUGGUUCCAACUUACUUCAAGGUAACUUUUGCUGGAUUUGGGUUUCCAAGCUCGACUCGAAACAAGCAAUUUAUCUACGAGGGUCUCCCCUUUGAGCAUAUCACUUCUAUGCAGACUAGACUUCUUGUAUCUCAUCCUGGGUCGAAAAUCGUCGGCACACAGGAAGAGGCUGACAAUUUGCUGGUAAACUCACCAAUCGGAAAGUUCAUUCAUGUAAUUGCCGUCGAGCCAAGGGUCGAGAUAUCUGACGCCUUCACAAACAAAAGCAAAAAGGAAAAUGUUAACAACAAAGUCAGACUCUAUGUUGAAAACAGAGACUUGGACACUUUUUGUACCUACCGCGUCUUACCAGGGGCGACCUCUGCCACUGAUCUGUGGGUGAAAGAGUUGACGCACGAAACCGCUUCCACCUUCCCAACGUUGAUGAACAGAGCAGAAAUAACCAGCACCAGCUCCAAGACACUGUCGCCUAUCGAAAACGCCAUCCGCUCGAUGCAGUUGAAAAUUCAGGACCUUGCUGGUCUGGAAGACACAUCUUACAAGAUGCUGAAAGAAAACGGGGAUUACUCUGCGAUUUUCCCAGAACUUUCAAGAAACAUUAGCGGCACCAUUGACUCACCGGUGAACGGCGGUGUUUCUCAAUACCGCGAAUUUUUCACUAACAAGGAGAGCCAUCUGAGCGACGAAAGCCAGUUGAAUCUACUGAGGUCUACAUUCGACGAGCUCGCUAGUAUUUUGAGCAGAUGCCUCGCACUUCACGGACAAGUAUGUCACGGGUACAUGAAGAAGUCGCACGAGAUGCUACUGGGGCUGUUUUACAAGAAUUUCGCGGACGAGAUCGAAAGAAACAAUAUUGUUGUAAGCGAGGGUGACUUUGACCUUGUGAGCAGGGUCACGUCAAGAACAACCGACACCGGAAUGAGUCUGCCCGCAUCCGAGCACCCGCAUGACUCCUCAACGCUGCCCAAACCGAUGAUGUCGAGCGCGCAGUCCGUGAAGUCCACAGGCUCGAGCUUGCACGGCACGGACUCCAACAAUGUGGGACUGACACCCACGCCGAGCGCGUCAGUGGUUUCAAACGGCACUAAGACAGGCUCCAGAACAUCGGCUCAGUCGUCGAAACUGACCAUGUUCCGAAACGGCAUGAAUAAGAAAUUCGGAAAAGGCGCGAAAGCGAAAAACAAGACUCAAAUCUGA